GAAAGAUUCGUAUAUAGAAUGAAUCAAUUACGAAAUUCAUAAAGGAAAGCACACGAGCCUCUAACCCUCCGAUCACAGAGAAGUUUUUUCUUGUCUAUUUGAACAUAAGAUGUUUGAUCAUGCGACUUCUUUCACCUUUCACCAUCAAUUACUCUCAGCAUGAAGAGAUCUUGUGAGCCAAACGACACUCAUAGGCAAAGGACACAGAGUCUUGGUUGCCCGGUAGGCUAUCAAAAUGAAGGUAGAAAAAGCCUUAUAUUACAAAGUAGCUAUAGAGCAGGUCAAAGGGGCAUCACUGGUGAUCAAAUAAGGUUGAGAAAGUCUGCCUCCUUCUAUACACCCGAAACAAAGAUCUCGCAAAUUGUUGUACCCAAAAGAUCUUCACCGUCAUGGAUGACGCCAAAAGAAAGAGAAGUGCCGAUCAUUAUUGUUUCUUGCGAAGAUCCACCAGCAAAUCCCGUUCAAAAGAUCAGAAAGCAUCGUUCUAUGCCACAACUUAUUCAUGGGCCUGAUAACUCUUCUCAAGAUUCAUUGUUCAGUCAAGAAGAACGUAUGCGAAUCAAGAGUACCAUUCUGGAUAUUCCAGAUAUCUUGCGAAACGAUCGUUCAAGCGCAUUCUAUGAAAAUAGAGCAGAAUCCGUUGAGCAAAUCCCUGAUAACACAAAUUCUCCAUCACAAGAAGAAUUUCAGGCUAGCAUAACGAAUGAAGAUGACAGUACGGCAGCAAGUGAUUUAUUGAAAGAUUUGUCAGAAGCAAACUUGUUGGAACCAAAUUAUACGGAAGAUGAUGAAGAUCAAGCAAUGUUGAUAGUUGCGCAAAAGAAAAGAAUCACCUCCUCAAAUACUGUCAGUCAAUCAACCAAGCCGAGGAUCGUAUUUAAUGACGAAUUAAGCAAAUGGAGGGAGCAAGGUAGAAUUACGCCAGAAUGUACUUCAGAUCGAGAAAAAGGUUCAGUAGAAACGGAAAUUCUUUCAAGUGAAAAUGAUGAAAAAGAAAUAAAAUCAAAGUCAAAAUCGUUCUCUGUCGAUCAACCAUACAUGCGCUCGAUCACAGAAGAUACUUCUGAUGAAAUUUAUGAACGUUUAAGACCUUUGUCUGAUUCAGUACAAAAAGAUUGGACAUCUUCCGAUCACUGGAAACGUCUUAACAAUAAACGAAAAGUUGAACUUUCACAGGCUAUGGGUGGCGAUUCACAAGAUUCAAGAGUUGAAGUUCUGAUGACUCCAGAACCAUGUGAUGUUCAACAUGGCAAAGAAAGUCCUUCCUUUCCGAAAAGAUUUUCUGAUGAUCCUUCACGGCGUACAAUGUUAUCCAGCGUGAAAAAUCCAAAAGAAUCACCUUUCAAAGGUACACCUCAAGAAAAACGCAAAAGGCCACCAAAGAAAAAGAUACCUUCUAUCGACAUUCCACCGGUAGAAAUCUCCAAGAAGGAACAUGACACUUCUUCUAAUGAUGGCUGGAAGCGUUCACCUCUCACACCUAAAUCCUCACAAUUUUUCACCGAAGUGAAUCCAGACAAUAACCUUCGAGACGCUUUGGCUGCAUGGGAAGUAUUGCAAAAGCAAUACAGAAAAGGAAAUGCAAACAAUCAAGCAGCACGUAGACGUUCAAUGACAGAGAGUGAUGUGAACGUUAGAAGAAAUUUGCCAAACCUUGAAGACAUAUACCACGCGGAAAAAAAGUCGAACAACAAUAUUGUUCAUCUUGAUAAAUCUUUAACUUUGGAUUCCAACAACUCAGAUGAGCAACCGCAAAAGCGUUCAUCCAUGUCGCGAGGUAGACAAUGGCUCAUCAACAGAAUGCGACAAAAUGAUCUAAUCAAGCAACGCAACAAAGCAAACGCUGCGAAAGAAGCCAAGUCUCGCAUCCCAGAACAAACAUCCGAGAUCUUGGCUUCUUCUUGGGUUCGUCAAUCGUUGAUGGAGUAUGAUACAAUUGGUGAUCAUGAUGAUAUCGUUCAAGCACCUAUCCAGAUCGAGCCUGCAUCCUCACAUGCAUUUACCCAAGAAGCAAGAAGGAUUUAUCUCCAGCUUCAAGCAAGAGAAGAGCAAAGGAGGAAAAAAGAAUUGGAAAAUUUAGGCAUGCUAAUUGCUUGGGGAAAAAUUUCCGUUGAUGAUCAAAACGAAAGGGAAGGCAUGUUUGAGGAAAAUCGACAAACGAGAGACUUAUCCGGCUUGUUCGGUCACGAACAAAAAAGUCAAGAUUCAUCAAAAAGUCAACGUAAAUUGAUCAGAAAGACGGCAAGCGAUAAUGGUACUUUACAUCAUCGUAUUGUUGCAGAUGCGCCACAAUCUGAACCUAGUCCAAGCAAGACGGCAGAUGCAAAGUCCAAACCACCGCUCAAGUCACAAUUUUCUGCCAAUCCUACUCAAAAGGUGUCCAAAAAGAAUUCAUCGAAUGCCCUUAAAGAUCCACCACCGUUGCCAAAGAAACCCUCUUCCCAAAAACUCAAGAAAGACGCUGACUCCUCUACUUCCUAUACGCCGCCAGUGACGAAUGAUAUCCUUCCUGGUUCCCAAAGCAGUAUAGGACAUCCAAUCAAUUCACUCGUGAACGAAAGUUUAUCUGACAAGCCAAGAUCAAUCGUUCCAGAUGAUAAGGCGAACAACGAAGCAAAUCAUGAGCUGGAGUUAGACGCUUUCUUGAUCGAAGUGGAUCGCACCUUUCGCACAACAGAUACGAUGAAGAAUUUUCGAAAAACGACCAAUUUCACUUCAUCUAUUCCACCACCGCCUCCACCACCAAACAAUGAAAACGUGAAUGAGACAAGCCAAAAGCAACAAAACAAUUCCAAGUCCAAUCGACGGAACAGUCUGUCACAUCUUUUCAAGUGGAAAUUAAUCAAAUCAGACGAUCAGCAAAACGCACAAGCCAAGGGUUCUAACCAACCGAAUGAAAGCACCGCUUCGCAAUCUCAAAGACACCUUAAUGCCUCAACGAAGCUUCAUCAACGCUCAAAAUCCAACUUAAUCCAACUCUUCGCCCGUCACAAAGUUGAGAAUGCUACAUAAUCGUGAUCCUUCUAAUCGUAUCGCAUGAUGUUUCUCUAAUCGGUCAAUCUGCUAAUGAUCAAGCCCACCUGCAUACUCUACCACUCUUAAUCAUCCAAACACGCUGUACACCAUCGUAUCAUAUCGUC